ACCUGUUCUCCACUUCUUAGCAAUUGGCGGUGAAUCGCUUACAUUACAGGAACCUCUGAUAAACCCUCGAAGUCGGAGGAGAGAGAUAGAGAAAAAGUGUUUGAGAGCAGAGUAAUGGCAUCAUUUCUGCGGAGGAAGGAAGCUUUAAGCCGUAUUUACAAUUCUCUUCUUCAAUCAAAUCCCUCCUCUCUUCUUCGCCCUCAACCAUUCAGAUCUUUCUCUUCUCAAUCUUCAAAGAAAUGCCUCUUUGGCGUCUAUGGUCAUCGAUCCUUCUCCAAGGUUCAUCAGGCUCCAUUAUUUAGGAAUAUGUCUACGGUGGCUUCAAUUGGCACGAACAAGGAGGGCCUGAAGUUGCUUGUAACUGCUGGUCCUCGUGCUCAGAAAAUGGUGGGGAUAUGGCUUUUUGGUUCUGCUGCCUGGGUUUUCAGUAUGGUGGUUCUUGGUGGUGUUACACGUUUGACACGAUCUGGUCUUUCCAUGACUGAUUGGAAGUUUACUGGGAAACUUCCCCCUCUAACAGAUGAAGAAUGGCUGCAGGAGUUUGAUAAGUAUAAGCAGUCCCCUGAAUAUAAGCGUGUUAACAAAGGCAUGAGUAUUGAAGAUUUCAAAUUUAUAUAUUGGAUGGAAUAUGCACAUCGAAUGUGGGGAAGGGCAUUGGGUGUUAUGUUUGCUUUGCCCUUUUCAUAUUUUCUUCGUAAGAGAUAUAUAACCUUGCGUCUUGGACUGAGAUUGUCGACACUUUUUGCCCUUGGUGCUGGGCAGGGUUUAAUCGGCUGGUGGAUGGUAAAGAGUGGUUUAGAGGAGCCAGCAUCUGAGUAUGCUCAGCCAAGAGUAAGCCCUUACCGUCUUGCAGCUCAUCUUACAUCGGCAUUCAUUAUAUAUUGUGGUCUUUUCUGGACUGGUCUCUCUGUUGUUAUGCCUGAACCACCUGUUGAAUCUGUGGCUUGGGCUCAUGGUGCAGCAAAAGUUCGAAGAAUUGCUCUUCCUGUGAGCUUACUUGUUGGUAUUACUGCCAUUUCAGGAGCAUUUGUAGCUGGAAACGAUGCAGGCCAUGCAUAUAACACUUUUCCAAAGAUGGGUGAUACGUGGGUACCUGAUGAUAUUUUUGACAUGAAACCGCUAAUUCGAAAUUUUUUUGAGAAUACAUCCACAGUUCAGCUUGACCAUCGUAUACUUGCUACCGCAACCUUAGUUUCAAUUGGUACCUUAUGGUGGUCGACAAGGAAGCUGGAGAUACAUCCUGCAGUUCGUUCUUUGAUCGGGAGUACAUUUGGCAUGGCUGCUCUUCAGGUGUUUAUGACCCCUCUUCGUACAAAAGCAGAGACAUUUUUUGGCAAGAACUCUUGGAUUUAUAUGGGUUGUGCAACGCCCGCUGGUGUGUUGGAGGGGACUUUAAUUUUGUUAGAUGGGCUAGUGAGAAGAGUUCUGGGGGCCGUCCCACUAGAAGCAUGAACGUGUUUAAUAAAUCGAGGACUUGGACUUGAUUGACGUCCCUCUUCGAAAUGAUUCUUUCUCCUAGUCUAGGUCAGGAAUUAGACUGGCUACCUCUAAGAUUGAUUGUUUUCUUCCCUCCAAGUCAUGGGUGGAAUUUUUUAGAGAGGUUAGGGCAGAUAGGUUCCUGAGAGUAACAUCUGAUCAUUUCUCCAUUCUUCUUACGUUAGGAGUUCAGUCUUGGGGCCCCGCUCCGUUUAGAUUCGAAAAUGUUUGGCUUGAUCACCACCUGUUUUUGAAGAAUUUAGAGGUAUGGUAGGCUGGUAUUAAAGUUGAAGGAUGGCUGAACUUUGCCUUUAUGGAAAAACUAAAAGGUUUGAAGAUCAUUCUUAAAGAGUGGAACAAGGAGGUCUUUGGAAACAUUUUUUCGCAAAAGAAGGCCCUGUUAGAGAAGAUUUCUACCUUUAAUUCUAUGGAAGACUCUGGUUUGCUUUCUGAUGCUGCUAUUAAAGAGAGAGACGACUGUAAAGCUGCUCUUCCUGAGACUAUUGUAAAAUAACAGAUGAUUUGGGUCUAGAAAAGUAAAACUCAGUGGCUUCGGGAGGGUGAGAAAAACUCGAAUUUCUUUCAUAGAUGGGUCUCCGCUCGGAAAAGUUAGAACUUCAUUGCUGCCUUGGAAAGUAGAGAGGGUCGGGUUCUCCUUAAUGAAGAUGAGAUCGUGGAUGAAAUCUUAGAUUUUUACAUAAACCUUUAUGGUGUGAAAAUUCCCCAUCCCUUCACUUUUGAAGGGUCGGAUUGGAGACCCCUCAGCGUCACUGACUUUUUGUCCUUGAAGGCCCCUUUUGAAGAAAAGGAGAUUCGAGAUGCGGUUUUUUAUUUGAGGAAUCUCAAGUCUCUUGGCCCAGAUGGCAUGACAGGGGAGUUUUAUAAAAAGUCUUGGAACACCCUGAAGCCUGAUAUUGUUAAGGUGUUCCAAGAGUUUUUUAAAAACUGUAUCAUCAAUAAACGUUGCAAUGUGACGUAUAUUUGCCUCAUCUCGAAAAUAAAAAAAGCCACUAGGGUUAGUGACUUCAGACCCAUUAGCCUUGUGACCUCUCUUUAUAAGAUCAUCUCCAAGGUUCUUGCUAACGAAUUGAAGAGAGUUCUCCCCUCCAUUGUGUUUGAGUUGCAAAUGGCCUUUAUUGAAGGCUGCCAAAUUCUAGAUGCUAUUCUUGUUGUUUUUGAAGUUGUGGAUGAGUGGAACUUUUGUGGGAAGAAAGGUGCUCUCUUUAAACUAGACCUGGAAAAGGCUUAUGGCAAAGUGGACUGGGCUUUUCUUGAUGUUGUUCUUGAACUCAAAGGUUUUAGUAGGAGUUGGAGAAAAUGGAUUUUGGGGCUGUCUGUCCACGACCAACUUCUCUAUUAUUGUCAAUGGUAGACCAAUGGGUAAGAUACUUGCUAAAGGGGUUUAAGACAAUGAAACCCCCUUGCUCCUUUUCUCUUUACGAUCGUGGAGGGUGCCCUGAGUUGUCUGGUGCAUUAUUGCAAUGAAAGGAAGGUCAUUAGAGGCUAUGCAGAUGAUACUCUUCUGUUUUGCUCUUGGGAGGAGGGUAACUUAAUGGCUUGGUGGACCAUUGUCAAUCUCUUUCUCUUGGGCUCGGAGUUGUCUUUAAACACUCUAAAACCUCUAUUAUUGGCAUUAACAUGGAAAGUGAGGAAGUGGAUCUUCUUGUCGUGCCCUUGGGGUGUAAAAUGGAGACCCUCUCGUUCAUGUACUUGGGUUUUCCUAUGGGAGGAAAACACAACGUUAAGGAAGUUUGGAACUCCGUUGAGGAGAAGUUUAAAAUGAAGGUGGACAAGUGGAGAAGAAUCUCUCUCUAAAGGAGGAAGGUUGACCUUAGUUCAGUCUGUCCUCAACAAUCUCCCUUGCUACUUUUUUUUCUCUCUUAUGCAAGCCCCUGUUAGUGCUAUUAAUCAAUUAGAGAAUAUCAAAGAUUUUGUCUGGGUCGGUGGUUUAUGCAACCCUACUUCCCAUCUUGUCAACUGAAACGGGCUUCUUUACCUACUAUCCAUGGGGGCCUUGGGAUUGGCUCUCUUCAUUAAAAGAAUACAACCCUCCUUAUGAAAUGAUUGUGGAGGUAUUUUCAUGAGGAAAACGCCCUGUGGAGACGUAUUAUUGGUGCCAUUUACAAUAUUAAGGAGCUUGGUUGGUUUUCUAAACUGCCUAAGAAGGGCAGAAUGUCAAGACUUUGGACUGACAUCAUGAAGCACAAAGAUCAGUUCUUUAACUUUGCUCAUUUAGUGGUGGGUGAUGGUAAAUCGAUCAGGUUCUUGUUGGAUAAGUGGUGUGGUCCUUAACCCCUUGCUCAAAAAUUUCCAGACGUUUUCUCCAUCUCUUUAAAAAGAGAUUGCAGUGAUCACGGAUUGCUAGUGUGCCUCUAGUCAAGCGUGGGAUUUGGGCCUUAGAAGAUGUAUUUUUGAUAGAGAGGUUGGUGAUAUGAUUGCCAUUUUACAAGUCCUUUGCUCCAUUUGUGAUUGCUAUAGCUUUUAAAAUAAUUGCUGGCAGUUGUGCUUUCAGAAAAAAUCAGCUGUCAAAAGAAGUAAAAUAGUGUUUGGCAAAA